CUAGAAGUACUACAAUUUAAAUCCAUUGUGCUCCUGGAGCUCGGUUACUAAACCUGCACGGCUGCACCUUACGGUUUAACCCCCUUGCUCUCUUCAAGAACAAAAGGUCGGUGCGGCAACGCGAGGUCCUUAGGAAUGAGCAGCACCAUGUUAACGAGGCCACCGUUAGCCGGACCCGAGGCUGGAGUUGCAAACGAUUUCUCGCCAUCGUUGGUCAAUUCCUACGGAAUCACUUUCGUCGCUGGCCGACUAGCUCGGCAUCUGCAGCCUGGCCACCCGUCUGACCCUGUUGAAUUCUUCAACCUCUGCCUCUCCCUCUCGAGAUUUGAUGAAAUUCACUUUGACAGAGGUAUUGAUUAUGCACUUGCCCGUAACCAAAUUCCCAUGAACGCUCAAGAUUUGCCUAAAUUAUUGAAACAGAUAUGUCAACAGAAAAAUAAUAAUUUCUUACAAGCAGCUAUUAUGGUUCUGAUGAUAUCCGUAAAGCAUGCUUGCAACCUUGAAUGGUUCAGCCCGAAAGACAAUAAAGAUCUUUUGGCUAUUUUUGAUGAGAUGGGGAAGAGCUACUGUAGUACCAGGGAUGUUGAUGCUGGAUCUAGUCAUUACCAGUCCUCAAUCUCAACAAUAAUGGAAAGGUUUUAUCCAAAAUUGAAAAUGGGGCUGAUACUUGCAUCACUUGAAGUCAAGCCUGGAUAUGGAGCUUUUGCAGCUGAUUUCCAUAUUCCAAAGAGUACAGCGCCUCUGCAAGAUAAAAUUUGGUUAUUUGUAGCACAUAUAGAUAACUUAGAGACGUCUGCAUGCCUCAUAACUCCUCAACGAGUCAGCUUUCUUCUCAAUGGAAAGGGCGUAGGCAGAAGGACUAAUGUCUUGGAGCCCGAACCACAAAUGCCAACAAAUGUGACUGGUAUGCUUAAAUAUGGAACGAAUCUUCUUCAGGUUGUUGGCCAAUUUUAUGGUCAUUAUCUAGUUCUUGUUGCCUUUAUGAGCCACAAAUCUUUGCCGGAGAAUGCAGUUAUUCCAGAUUAUGUUCCGCCUGCUGUUACCUCACUCGAUUCAGAUUCUGAUAUAAUGGAGGGUGCAUCACAAAUUUCACUUACUUGUCCCAUAAGCUUUACACGUAUCAAGACUCCUGUAAAGGGACGCUCAUGCAAACAUUUCCAGUGUUUUGAUUUUGAUAACUUCAUCAACAUAAAUUCAAGGAGGCCGUCCUGGCGCUGCCCUCAUUGCAGUCAAUAUGUCUGUUAUCCAGAUAUUUGCCUUGAUCGGAAUAUGGUUGAGAUCCUUAAAAAUGUGGGUGACAAUGUUGCGGAGGUGCUCAUAAGUGCUGAUGGGUCUUGGAAAGCAGUUUUCAGAGAUGAUGCUGAUGUGGAUAAAAUGCAGAAUGAUGCCCGCAAUUCUGGAAAGGAAGCGGCUGAGCCAAAAGAAUGUCCUAGCUUCCCUGGGGCUCUUCCGGAUGUUUUGGACCUCACCAAUGAUGAUGACAUGGAGAUAUUGGAUGCUGGUGAAACCACCGACAUAAAGCCUCACCUGGCAGAUCUUCAAACUCAACCUACCACCUCAAUUUUGGCUACAUCGGGUUUGAACUCUGCUGGAGUGAAUCAAGAUGUUGCUGCUCAAGCGGAAGAUGACUUUUGGCCUGGAGUUCACCUUACUUCUGGUGGGUCAGAUCCUCCAACAAUUGUUGGCAACUGUGCGCACCCUAUUCUAACUGAUGCCAUUGCUCAAGCAACUAAUCAAGAAGCCGUGGAUCAUGGCAUCACCCUUACUUCUAACCUGAGUCUGCAAAAUCAGUUUACUGCGCCAAACAAUUUCCAAAUGCAGCAGUCAAACUAUUUGAAUACAGCUGUCUUAGAGAAUGGAAGGUCGCAACAAAUACCAAGACAUGUUAAUAGGAAUCCAGUAGCAGUUCAGGCACUCCCAGCACAAUGCCAGGCAUUGGGACCACAGCAAAGAUCAAGAACUAAUUUGAGUCCCUUGAUACCUGGUAGUUCCACUGUUGCUCCUCAUGUUUCUGGGUCCAGCCCAGCCAAUGGUUUCAGUCCUAUAGUGAGUGAUACAGAAAGGCGGCAGCACUUCUCCCGACCCACUGUGAAUCUUCCUCAGGUUGUGGGAGCAACUGUAUCUAUAUCGCAGCAUCACUCUCCAACACAGAACCGAGCCCCACAGAUGGCUAAUGCUUCAGUACCAAGUCAACCACCAAAUCCAUACGCCGCAUCCAGCUUGUUGCGUCAUUUUCAAAAUGCACACCUACAGCAAGCCCUCAAUCCAAGGAGUCGAUCAAUUGGUCAGUCAUCAAGUGCUGUAGACUCCAAUCGAUCUCCUAUUCCAUUGGGCCGUUCACAAUCUGGCAUUACUCCGGUGAAUGGCCAACCAGCCAGGGAUAUGAAUGCAGGGCGGAUGAUAAGACCGCCAGCACCCUUGCCAAUUCAAAACCAAAGUCAAAGAGACCAGAGUGGAAACGUGAGAGGACCAGUACAGUCAAUGCCUAUGCCUGAUGGUUCAUUCAAUUUGCAGUCAGAGUCCGAUUGGAGGCCCACAGGUCGAAUGCGUGGUAGUCUUACUGGUCGGCAAUAUCCUGAUGCAGUUAGACAGCUUAUAAUUCAGCCAACUCAAUCAACGCAAAGUGUAAGGCCGCUAGGCCCUCUGUCAGUCCGACCAAGCAGUGUUUUGCACCAACCCGGUAGUGCCCAUGGCAUAUGAAAAAUGCGGGUAAUUAUCCUCAAACGAGUUAAUAUUUUAUGCUAUUUCCGUUUAAUCUGACGUGCAGUGUACACGAGGCCAGCUAUUUUUUUUUUUUUAUUCAGUAUGUUGUACAGUCUUUUUGGGCCAAUAUGGUUGUUUAAAGGUGAACAUACUCUCCAUAAGAACUGCAAUUGGAAAUAUCAAAUUCUAACAGUAGGCUUCGAAGGAACAAGGGGUUAUAGUCAAGAUGUCUUCCCCCCCCCCCCCCCUUUUGAAAACCAAAACAGUCAAGAUAUCAAUAUCUCAAUAUGGAUGUUAUACUAUUCAUAAGUUAAUGUUUAAACUUUAUCAAGCGCACCCAGCACAUAUUUGCAACA